GACAGACAAACUAAGGUAUAUUCAUAUUUCAAGUGACUGAACAGGAUAGAGAGAGAAAGAGGGAGGGACAGAGAGGGAAAGAACAGGAGAGGGAGAAAUAGAAAGAAAGACUAUCUGGGAAACAGUGAGGAAAAGAAAAAACGCCCACAACCCCUCCGGCAAGCCCUGACACACAGCUGUACAAGCACAUAGAGAGAGAGAUCUGAGAGCGGAGAGAGAGAUCUGAACAUGGAGAGAGAGAUCUGAGAGAGAGAGAUUUGAGAAAACAGAUGGAAGGAUAUAAAAACACCAAGAAACGACUGGACACAGAGAGAGAGAACAAAACUCGGAGCGAGACCUGAACACAGAGAUAAAGAGAGAGAGAGAGAGAGAGAGAGAGAGAUCUGAUCACGGAAAGCGAUCGAUAAUCGUGCAUAAAUGGAGCUAAAGAGAAUCAGGGAGUGGAUGCUGUAAACUGGAGACAGAAGUGUGUGUGCUUGCGUGUGUGUGUGUGUGUGUGAUGGCCCUGGAGCUGUGCGAGACGACCGCGAGUGUGUGUGACGCUCCGCAGAGCGAAGAGGAAGGCUGAGGAUUCACGCAACAUUCGAAACCACCCCGUACCCCAGACGCACACUGUCAUCAGAAUGAGCGGAGAUGUUCUCUAGCUGAGCUCUUUUACAGCGUACGAGUCUCGGGUUCUACUUUGCGUGCGUGUGUGUGUGUGUUGGGGCGCAUGGCCGCGGGCAGGCUGGUGCUGGUGGCCGUCGCCGUGGCACUGGUGUCGCUGGUGCUGAACGUGGUGGCGGCGCUGGGCUCGGGCUGGACGAUGCAGAAACUCGAGGAAGGGGGCACACGGAGCGUCGGACUCUGGAAAGUGUGUGCAGACGCCCUCACCACCAACACACCCUGCCAGAGCCUCGGCUGGGGGGCCGACCUCGCGGGAUACCAGGAGUCACGCAACACUGUCAAACUUCAGUUCGACAUGAUGCGAGCAUGUAACCUGAUAGCCUCCUUGGGUCUCGCUGUGGGUCAGCUCAUCUUCCUGCUCGGCCUCCUGAAGAUCAACUGCAUCACCCAGGAUUCCCCAUGGUGGGAGGAGGCCAUCGCCGCCCUGUUCCAGCUGGCCAGUUUCGUGCUGGUGAUCGGCCUGGUGGCGUUCUACAGGAUCGGACCGUUCACGCAGCUGUCGCACUCGUGUUACGUGAACAUCGUUGCGUGUCUGCUAGCCACGCUCUCGGCCGCCAUGCUCAUCUGGAACAUCCUGCAUCGCCGUGACGACUGCACGGGGCCGCCAGUCAUCGUCAUCAGCCGCUCGCUCGCUAUGAACUUCACGCCACGUGUAGACAACGAAUACGUCGAGUCGCCGUGCUGACGCGUGCACACGCUCACAAAAAAACACUUAUACACGGGUUUCUCCAAUGUGCUGAGCAAGAGAGGACUUCAGAGACAAUGUGAAGCUGAAGAGACACAGACACACACACACACACACACACACACACACACACACACACACACACACACACUUCCGAUAUUCUUUGCAUUACAUGACUAUUUUGCUAAGACACAUUACCAGCUAGCGGGCGAUUCGUUUUCUAUCGCUGCAGUUCUGACAUUAUCAUACGAAUGCCCCGGCUAUGAUACGUCCCGGUUUCCAUAGCGACGCCGCACAUCCGUGGGGACGUGUUCAGCGCACGUUCUAUACGAACGAAUAAAAAAAAACGUGGAUAUGGCGGAAUCCUGACACUUCAAGCUGGAACUAACUACACUCACGUAACCGUAAACGGGUAAAAACAUGCUUUUGACAUGCUUUUUAUUAGUUAUAUAUAACACAUUAUAACAACACACCAUCACUCAGUAAUUCACUUUAACACACACACACACACACACACACACACACACACACACACACACACACACACACACUGGGUUUAUUACUUAUAUAACUUAUGAAGUGUAGAAUAUUUAUAAAUGUUAGGGAUUUAGUGGACAUAUCAUGCACACACACACACACACACACACACACACACACACACACACACACACACACACACACUAGGACAGCUAAAGUGACCACAGUACAAUGUCCACUCAGGCUUCGUCCACACGAAUCCCAAGAGUUUCCGGAAUGUAGUGUGAACAGAAAUGGCAUAUUUUAAGUCAUGUGACCUGGUCACCUCGAAACUGUUGGGACCCGGGAUGAACUUCAGCGAUGACUCGGACUCUCGUGCUGAAAAUGUUUCAAAACCCGGGUUUAUCCGGAUUCACACGGACGUGGCCUUGAUCACUAAAUCAAGCUGGAUCUUGACUUCACUUCAUUAUUUACUCUAUAUUCUCUCUCACACACACACACACACACACACACACACACACACACACACACACACGUGCACCUAAUUUAUACACACACACACACACACACACACACACACACACACACACACAUGCACACACACACAUGCACAGUACUGUGUUCAUCGGUCAUGUUGAUAUUAAAAUAGAUGCUAAUUCAGAUUUUGAAGGGACUUUAUAAAUUGGUACCAAAAAGAGUUUGUAAUGUGGUUCUGAACACAUCUCAUUUCAAUCUCAAUUCGGCUCUGAACUGGUUUUGCUCAACUUCCACAGUGGGGUUCUGAACACUUCCCUCAAUAUGGUUUUCACUUCCUAGACAACUUUUUCAGUGUGGUUCAGAACACAUCUCAGUCCACUUUCUCAUCAUGGUUCUGAACCCAUUUCAGUCCACUUUCUCAUCAUGGUUCAGAACACAUCUCAGUCCACUUUCUCAUCGUGGUUCAGAACACAUCUCAGUCCACUUUCUCAGUGUGGUUCUGAACCCAUCUCAGUCCACUUUCUCAGUGUGGUUCUGAACCCAUCUCAGUCCACUUUCUCAGUGUGGUUCAGAACACAUCUCAGUCCACUUUCUCAUCGUGGUUCUGAACCCAUCUCAGUCCACUUUCUCAUCGUGGUUCUGAACCCAUCUCAGUCCACUUUUUCAUUGUGGUUCUGAACACAUCUCAGUCCAUUUACUCAAUGUUUUGUCACUACCAGGGUGUAGAUCUUGACAGAAGGUCAGUAAUGUAGACACACAGAAGCGUGUGGUCACUAGUCAGUUAAUGGUACCUGUAUUGAACUGAGUAGAAUAUUAAUGGAGAUAUUAUCACACAUGCACAGCAUCACGUGUACAGCCGUCUCCCUUCACCCUCUUCAGGACGACAUACUCCAUAGUAACGACAUAUAAUCACAAUAAUAAUAAACUUUAUUACAACUGA